AUGAGUUUGGGCACCGCGGAGGAUGAUUCGGGUUCCGAAAUCCACAUCCCAGCGGAGAUUGACUGGCACAUGUUGGAUAAGUCCAAGUUUUUCUUCCUCGGCGCCGCCUUAUUCUCUGGCGUUUCCUUCACGCUCUACCCCAUGGUCGUGUUGAAGACGCGCCAGCAGGUUUCCUCUUCGCGCUUCUCGUGCCUUAACAUGUCUUGCGCCAUUAUGCGCUACGAGGGCCUCAGAGGCUUCUACAAAGGCUUUGGCACUUCCCUAAUGGGAACAGUUCCCGCGCGUGCGCUCUACAUGGCCUCUCUUGAAAUCACAAAAAGUAACGUCGGCACUGUUUUUCUAGAAUUGGGGUUCUCCGACACGACGGCGGUGGCGGUGGCUAAUGCUGCCGCGGGUGUUACUUCGGCCAUGGCGGCGCAGCUGGUGUGGACGCCGGUUGAUGUCGUGAGUCAAAGGCUCAUGGUUCAGGGGAGUGGAGGGAAUAAAAGCAUUCUUGCGAAUCUCAAUUCUGAGAGUUACAGGAACGGGUUUGAUGCGUUUAGGAAGAUUCUGUAUGCUGAUGGAGCAAGAGGGUUCUACAGGGGGUUUGGGAUUUCGAUAUUGACUUACGCCCCUUCCAAUGCGGUGUGGUGGACUUCUUAUUCCAUGGUUCACAGACUAAUUUGGGGGGCUUUUGGUUCCUACAGGAGUAAGGGUAAGAGUGAAAAUUUGAGUGGUUUUAGGCCUGAUUCGAAGACAAUGGUGGCGGUUCAAGGGCUGAGUGCUGUUAUGGCUAGUGGGGUAUCUGCAAUAGUAACAAUGCCUCUUGACACGGUUAAGACAAGGUUGCAGGUGUUGGAUUGUGAAGAGAAUGGGAGAAGGAGGCCUUUAACUUUUGUUCAGACCGUGAGGAAUUUGGUGAAGGAAGGUGGAUUGCUUGCUUGUUACAGAGGAUUGGGACCAAGAUGGGCUUCCAUGUCAUUGUCCGCUACAACUAUGAUUACUACUUACGAGUUUUUGAAAAGAAUGUCUACCAAGAGUCAAGAGGAUUUGACUCCUCGAUAA